AUGAAAAACGUUAAACAAAAUAUUUCAAAUUUUAGAGAAUUAGCAAAACAGUUGGAGGCAUGUAUUCAUUUCGAUUCAACUGAUAUUGAGGUUAUGAGAGAUAUUUAUUUAAAAUGUAAAAAAGAUUUAAUUUCAUUAGAAAAAAUAACAUUGGAAGCUUUAGAAAAGGGGAAAGCAAAUUUAUUCGAAGAACUAGUACAGGUUUCAACCGAAGUAAAUAGAUCAAUAAAACUUUUUGAAAAAUUUGAGAGAGAACACAAAAAAGAUGGUACCGUAAGAAUUUCUGAGGGUACUAAUCAAACGACCUUUAGUUAUGAUAUGAAGGAACAAAACAAGAAAAAGAAAAAACAUAAUGAUAGAAAACAUGAAAAAAGAAAUAAUAGAGAAAGUAUCAGAAGACAUAAAAGUCAACAUUAUGAAGAAGAUCAAGAUGAAGAUGAGUAUUAUGUUGAUGAUGAUGAAGAAGAAAAUGAUAAAAGAAGAGAAAAACGAAAUAAAAGAAAAGAUUCUGAGAAAAAGAAAGAAAGAAAAAAAGAAAAAAAAAAAUCACAUGUAAAUGAAGAAAAAUAUAAAGAUAGAAAUACGAAUAGACGUGAUACUUAUAUGUAUAGAAGUGACUCGAAACAUUCAUAUAAUAAAGAUUUUGAUGAUGUACAUGAUACUAAUCUUUUUAGUAGUGAAUUUGAUGAAGAAUUAAAUGAAUAUCGUAAUGAAAAGUUUAAUAAAAAUAUGAAUAUGAAAGAAAAAAGAAAAAGUAAAAAUGAUAAAAAUAAUAAAAAUAAUUCAAGAAAAAGCUAUAAAAUGAAAAAUAAUGAACAUUUAAAUAAUUUUAAUGAAGAAGAUGAAAUAGAAAAUGAAAAUAAAGAUGAUAAAUUUGAAUUCAGUGAUGAUAAUUAUAAUGAUAAUAAAAAAAAUUAUUUUAAUGAAAAUAAAUUAUAUAAUUUAGAUGAUAGUUCUUCAAAUGAUAUUAUACAUUCAAUGAAUAAAAGAAAUAGUUUAGAAAAAGAAUUCUUAUCAAGUAAUAAACCUCUUAAUUUAUUAGUACAUAUAUCAGAAAUUAUUAAUGUUUCCAUGAAUUUAAAGAAAAAUGUUAAUAUAUUUAUUACCAUAAAAUCUGUUGAUAAUAAAAUAUAUUUAAAAAAAAAAACAAAAAAUAAAAGUAUACAAAACUGUUCUAUAAAUAUUUCAGAAUCGUUUGAUUUUUCUUGUAAUUAUAAUAAAAAAUUAUAUCUAAUAAUUGAUAUUAUUGAUAGUACUGAUGGGACCUAUUAUUAUAAUUCUGUAAUAAAUUUAAAUAAAAUCCUUUUGAGAAAAAAUAAAUAUUUCCUACCAACUAUAUAUACAUUGACACCAAAAAAUGAAAAAGCAAAAUUAGAACAAGGAUUAUUAUAUAAUGAAAAUAGUACUAAUAUAAAUCCUUAUAAGCAAGUACCAAGUAAUUUUAUAAAUCUUCAAUCAAGUGGAUUUACAAAUAUGAAAAAUAUGAAUCAAGCUUCAAAUGAUCAAAUAAAAAAUGGUGUUUAUAAUAAUAAACAAAAUUUAACACCUAGUCCUUUUUUUGGUUUUAAAAAAAAUUAUAACAAUCCAAAUUUAAAUAAUCAAAAUAUGAAUAAUUUUAAUUUUAGUAGUCGAAAUGUUAAUUGUUAUCCUAAUCUUAAUAAUUUUAAUUUUACAAGUAGAAAUAUGAAUAAUCAUAAUUUGAAUAAUUUUAAAAAUGUAUAUGUGUCACCUAAUUUGAAUAAUAUGAAUUAUGGAACUCGAAAUAUGAGAGUUACCCCUUUUAAUUCACCAGGUCUUAAUAUGGGACGACCCUACAUGUUCAGUCCUCGUCAGUAUCCCCAGAUGAAUAAUAUGAACAUGAAUGUUAGUGGUAUGGGUUAUAUGAAUAAUAUGAAUAAUAUGAAUAAUAUGAAUAAUGUGAAUAAUAUGAAUAAUAUGAAUAAUGUGAAUAAUGUGAAUAAUUUGAACAAUGUGAAUAAUUUGAAUAAUAAUCAAUUUGCCAAUUAUUUUAAUAAUGUACCAACAGUUGGAAAUAUAAAUAAAGGUGUUAUAGAAAGUAACACUUUUAAUAAUACAAAUGUCAACAAAACUUUAUUACAAAAUAAUAAUUUCAAUAACAAUAGUAAUAAUUCAGGUGCAAUAUUUUUUGAUAAAAAUGGAUAUUUAAAUAACGCUAAUACAAUGACAUACAAAAGAGAUGAAGAAAAAGUCCCAAGUAACUGUACAUAUAUUAUUAUGAAUGUGUUUUUAAAAAAUAAAGAAUUUGAUCAUGUGACAGAAUUGAAAAAACAAAAUAAAUUAAAUGUGUUCAAAGAAUUGUAUAAUGGAUGUAAUAAAGAAAAGAUUUAUUAUUUAACUAAAAAUAAAGAAAAUGAAAAGAAAAUAGAAGAACUAGAUAAAAUGGUUAUGCUUUUAGAAUUAGAUAAUGAAUCAUAUUUAGAUGCCAAUAAAAAAUUGAAAGAAAUAAUUGAAGGAAAUAAAGAAAUUAUCAAAAGAAUAGAAAAGGUUUUAACUAAAAAAAAUAAUAAAAUAGAAAAAUUAGAAAAGGAAAAUCAAAAAAUUAUAGAAACAGAAAAAGAAUUAGAAGGUAAUAAAAAAGAAAAUAAUGUAUUAUCAGAAAAAAUAACAAAAUUAAAUUCAAUAUAUAAUAAAAAUAUAAUAAAAUUAAAAGAUUCUAGUCAAAUUAAUAAUAAUUUAAAUAGUAAAGUUAAUAAUCUAAUAUUUCAAUUACAAAAUUCACAAUGUAAAAAUGAAAAAUUAAUGUUAUAUUUAUCAUUCUUAUUAAAACAUAUACAUAAAUUAAAUUGUGAACAAAAUGAUAUUUUAAAUUUUCAAAAAUUUCAACAAAGAAAUUCACAAAUUGUUAAUUCAUUAUUAGACAAGGAAAGUUUACAUCAAUUAAAUAAUCAUACAUGUACAGAUAUCUUAAAUGAAAAAAAAGAAAAUGAAAAUAUAUAUACCAAAGAAAAUAGUAGUAAAAAAUAUAUUAAGGAAAUUUUAAAGUUUAUAAAAAAAGAAAAAAAUAAUGAAAACUAUAAAAAUUCUAAAUUAUUGCAAGAUAUAUUGGAUAUAUGUGAGGAUGUCAACAACAAUAAUAAUAAUAAUAAUAAUAAAAUUAAUAUUAAAGAUGAAGAAUUAUUAAAUUCUAAGAAAGAAAAAAAUCUUCUAACAUACGAAAAUGAUAGCAACCUUAUAGAAGAUUAUAAAGAUAAUAAUGAUAAUAAUCAAACUAAUGUAUCUUUAAAAGAUCAAAAUGAUUUAUUAUUACAAGAAGAUUCUUAUAUUGAUGAUUUUUUAAUGAAUCAAUAUAAAAAUUAUAUGACUCUUUCAUCAAAAGAAAAAAGACAAGAUGGAUUGGAUGAACUUAAACAAAAAAAAAAAAAAAAAAAGGGAAAUAUUAAUAAAAAUGAUUAUAUAUAUAAUAAUAAAAAACAUAGUUAUUUUUAUAAUUUAAGUAAAAAAUUUGAUUCAGAUGAAGAAAUAAAUAGUGAUGAUCAAUAUUAUAAUCAAGAACAACAAAGACUUCGAAAUAAAAAAUAUAAGGAUAAAUCAAAAUAUCAACAUUAUAAUAAUGAUACAGAUAAUACAUUUGAUUUAAAACAUGAUAAUAAAAAUAAUACAUACCUAGAUCAUGCAAAAGAUAUACCAUUAUACGACCACUACAAUAAUAUAAUUAAUUGUUCAAAUAGUACAUACUCAUUUAAUAUGUUAAAUAAUAUAGAGCAUGAUCCAAUACUUAUAUCAUACAAAAAAAAAAUUAAAAAUAAUAAAAAAAAACAUAAAAAUAAUGAAAAUAGUGAAAAUAGUGAAAAUAGUGAAAAUAUUGAAAAUAGUGAAAAUAUUAAAAAUAUUGAAAAUACUGAUAAACGCUUAAAAAACAAAAUGAAAGGAAAGAAUGAAAAGAAAACCAAAUCAUCCCUUGUACAAUCGAACUUGUUCUUAGGUAUAAAUAAGGAUGAUGAUGCUCAAAAAAAGUAUGUACAUAAUUAUAAAAAAAAAAAAAAUAAAAUAAAUGGAAUUCUUUCACCAAAUGAGCAUUAUACAUUUAGUAAUUGUGAAAUAGAUAGUUAUAUUAAAGAAACUGAAAAAAGAACCAAUAUUAUUUUAAGUGAUGGAUAUUUAAAUGAUAAGAAAUCUUUGAUGCAAAUAAAUAAUGAUAAUAAGAAAAAUAGUAAGAAAUAUAAUAAGAAAAAUAAGAACAAAAAAUAUUCACUUAAUUGGAAUGAUAAUAUUAAUCAAAAGUUUUCUGUCUCCAAAUAUGGUCAAAAAGGUUUGCUAAAUGAACGUCAUUUAAAUGAAAAUGAUCUUAUAAAUAAGGAACAACAUAAUGUAAAUAUUAAUAAUACAAAAUUAAGCUUAAAUAAAAUAAAAAAUAUAAAUGAUUUCAGUAAAAAAACAACAAAUGAUUAUGUAAGUGAUUAUAAAAAUUUUGAACAAAAAUUCAAUUAUUUUGUAAGAGUAUCUAAAAAUUUAAAAGGAACCAUAUUAACAAAUAAUGAUGACAAAUUAAGUUAUGCUAUCAAUAUAAAUGAAAAAAAUUAUUUUACAAACUUAGAAAAAAUCAUAAAUAAGUGUAAUAAAAAAGAACAAAAUAUUUCACAUUUAAAUAACUAUUUAAAUACACAAAUGGGUUCCAAUUUCAUAACUCAGGAAGAAAUUAAUGAACAUAAGAAAUUUAUGCGAAUAUUUUAUACUAAAAAUAAUAAAGGUAUUAUAUUUCAAAAUAACCUUAUGAAAAUAUAUGCCAAAAUUUAUAUGAAUCAUUCAAGUACGACAACUAAACAAAAGACAUAUCAAUUAGAUAUAUCAAAUAUGACAAAAGAUAUUAGCAGUACAGAUAAUAAUAAUAAUAAUGAUGAUAAUAAAAAUAAUGAUAAUAAUAAUAAUAAUAAUAAUAAUAAUAAUAAUAAUAAUAAUGAUGAUAAUAACAAUAAUAAUGAUAAUAAUAACAAUAAUAAUGAUAAUAAUAACAAUAAUAAUGACAGUAAUAAAAUGAAUAUAAUUGAAAAUAACCCAUCAAAUGAUAAAAUAUAUAUGAAUAUUUACGUUAAAUCUAUAUUAUAUAAUAUUUUAUAUAUUAAAUGUGAUUUAUCAGAAAAUAAAAUGGACCAUAUAAAAGUAAUAAAAAGAAAUUUAAAAAAAAAUCAAAAUCAAGUUAUUGAAGAAAAUGAAUAUAUAAAUUUAAAAAAAAAUGAUAUUUGUUUAUUAUAUACAUUGUGUUUCAAAAAAGCAUAUCUAAACCAUAUGCUUCUAUUCCUUAAUAUGGAUUGUUUAAUUAAUGAUAAUACAAUAAUUAAAUUCAAGUUAUCUUUACCUUUUCCUCAUCUAUUUUUAUUUAAACCAAAUAGUUUAUAUUUAAAUAAUUUUAUUAAAAAUAUAUCAGGAACAACAAAAUAUUAUUGUAAAACAUAUUAUUACAAUUUAUUAAAAUUUACAACUUUUGAGGAAUUUAUUAAUUCUUUAAAAUUAUAUAAUUCAUUUAAUGUAUUCCAUUUUAAUUCAUAUAAUAUUUUAUAUACUACCUAUCCAAUUGAUAACAAAAAUAAAAUACUUCUCUUAAUUGUUUGUGAUUUUAUUAAAACGAAAAAUAAAAAUAAUAGCGAUCAAGUUAAAUUACAUUUUAUAUCCUUAUCAAAUACUAUAAUUAGUUUUGCUAUUAAUUUGUUUAAGCAAAUAUUAUAA